CAGGAAGCACAGCAGUUUUCAACAGGCAGACGUGCUCCAUCUAGUCCCUGUUUGGACGGAGUCUUGGGCGCACCUGAACUGAGCCCCUGUGAAGGGACCAUGGAGCAUAGGGACUCAGCCGAGGGGGCAUGCUUGGAGUCUCCGAGUGGAAAAUCACACCCAGAAUCUGCUUGGUCAUGGAUUCCAAUGAUGAAGGACCCUGGAUGGAUUCGAAACGUAUGGACUUCUAACCUUAAUGCUCAAACCAUGAAUUACGUGGGACAGUUAGCAGGCCAGGUCUUUGUUACGGUCAAGGAGCUGUACAAGGGUCUGAACCCCGCCACGCUGUCCGGAUGCAUCGACAUCAUCGUGGUGCGCCAGCCCAAUGGCAACCUUCAGUGUUCGCCCUUCCAUGUCCGCUUCGGGAAAAUGGGGGUGCUGCGCUCCCGGGAGAAGGUGGUGGACAUUGAAAUCAAUGGGGAGUGUGUGGAUUUGCACAUGAAGCUGGGAGAUAAUGGAGAAGCAUUUUUUGUUCAAGAGACUGACAAUGAUCAGGAGGUGAUUCCUUUGCACCUAGCGACGUCCCCCAUCCUGUCGGAGGGCUCCAUCCACAUGGAGACCCAGCUCAAGCGCAACGCUCUGGAGCGGGGCAGAAACCUGGAACCCGGUGGCUCCACCCAGGCACAGGCAGUGAAUGAGAUGCUGUCUGCAGGCCUGUCUGUGAAGAAGAGGAGGAAGAGGAGGAGGAAGUGUCAGCUGGACAACCUCAAAAGAGAUGAUAGCAUCCACACUUCAGAAGAGGAAGACUUGUUUCCCAUUGAGAUGAGCUCCGAUGAGGACUUGGAGCCAUUGGACAGUGCUAGAACACUUAUUCAUGACGUACCUACAUUUAGAGAUGAAGUACCUCAGAAAAACCCUUCUCCCAUUGCGACUUUCCCACCGUUGGCUUGUUACACUAAUUCAGAUAAAGAGUGGUCACCUAACCAGAGUAAGCCGGUAGAAUGCAAAAGGAUCCCCCCUCAUCUCACAGUUGUGGCAGAAGGAGGCCUUUCUAGCUCUUGCCCUCCACAGUCUUCCCAUUUUCAUUCUUCGGAAAGUCCGUCAGGUUCUCGCCCUGCAACGCCGAAGAGUGAUUCAGAACUAGUCAGUAAGUCCCUGGAGAGGGGACUGCAGAAGAGUAACCCGGAGAUGCUGUGGUUGUGGGGGGAGCUGCCCCAGGCUGCCAAGACCACGUCUCCUCAUAAGGUGAAAGACUCAGCAAACAGAAGCUUUUUGGAGAAGACGCUUUUCCGGGUGAUUCAGAGCGAAUCUUCAGAGACUUGUAGUGACCUCUCUCCCUCACCUUCUGGGGGCCACAGUGAGGUCCUGAUCCUACCAGAGGAGGGCAAGUCUCUGCCUGAGGGGUCAUUCAUAGGGGAGUACAACCCGGAGAUCUUGGGUGCUGCUGCUGCCGUGACCACUGCCACGGCCGCCACGGCCACAGCCACCACAGUCACAGCCGCCACAGCCUCGGCUGUGGAGGCCCCUGUAGCAGCCCCACCUCUGCCCACCCUUGAGGAGUCCAAGCAACCGCACCCCAACUCCAGCCUCCAGGGGAGUAAGAUGGACUCUCCAUCCAGGAAAAGAGACAAGCGGAACAGGCACCUUGGAGCCGACGGCGUCUACCUGGAUGACCUGCCCGACAUGGACCCCGAGGUCGCCGCCCUUUAUUUCCCCAAAAACGGUGAUGGAGGUGGGAUGGCCAAAAGUUGCAGCGAGGGCGUGCCCCGCUCGGCCAGCCAGUCCCCUCAGUCCGUGGGCAGCUCGGGCGUGGACAGCGGUGUGGAGAGCACCUCGGACGGCCCCAGAGACCUGCCGUCCAUCGCCAUCUCGCUCUGCGGGGGGCUGAGCGAGAGCAAGGAGAUCACGACAGAUGAGUUCUUGGAACAAGAAGUGUCCUAUCAGCAGUUUGUGGACAACCCGGCCAUCAUUGAUGACCCCAACUUGGUGGUGAAGAUUGGUAACAAAUACUACAACUGGACCACAGCUGCCCCCCUCCUCCUGGCCAUGCAGGCCUUCCAGAAGCCUUUGCCAAAGGCCACGGUGGAGUCCAUCGUGAGGGACAAGAUGCCCCGGAAGGGGGGACGAUGGUGGUUCUCAUGGCGGGGACGGAACACAGUCAAAGAGGAGAGCAAGCCAGAGCAAUGCUUGUCCGGGAAGGGUCUCAUUAUUGGGGAGCAGCCAUCCAAGCUAAGCAUUGGAAGCAGGAUGAAGGAGGAGUCGUCCUCCAGUGACGAGGACUCCAUCACAGCCAAGCAGUCCAGUGCUAGCCUCCAUACACUGAUGUCCAACGUGACCUACAAGAAGACUCUGCGCCUCACCUCGGACCAGCUCAAAAGCUUAAAGUUAAAGAACGGCCCCAACGAUGUGGUUUUCAGCGUCACAACCCAGUACCAGGGCACCUGCCGCUGUGAAGGCACCAUCUACCUCUGGGACUGGGAUGACAAAGUGAUCAUUUCUGACAUUGAUGGAACCAUCACACGAUCUGACACGUUAGGGCAUAUUUUGCCCACGCUUGGCAAGGAUUGGACCCACCAAGGGAUUGCAAAACUGUAUCAUAAAGUCAGCCAAAACGGCUACAAGUUCCUCUACUGCUCAGCGAGGGCUAUCGGGAUGGCUGACAUGACGAGGGGCUACCUUCACUGGGUGAACGAGCGGGGGACCGUGCUGCCCCAGGGCCCGCUGCUGCUCAGUCCCAGCAGCCUGUUCUCUGCCUUGCACAGAGAGGUCAUCGAAAAGAAGCCUGAAAAAUUUAAAGUUCAGUGUUUGACGGACAUAAAAAACCUGUUUCUUCCUAACACGGAUCCCUUUUAUGCUGCCUUUGGAAACCGGCCUGCGGAUGUAUACUCUUACAAGCAAGUGGGCGUGACCUUGAAUCGAAUAUUUACCGUCAACCCCAAAGGAGAACUAGUGCAAGAACAUGCCAAGACCAACAUCUCAUCUUAUGUGAGACUCUGUGAGGUGGUUGACCACGUCUUCCCAUUACUGAAAAGAAGCCAUUCUUCAGACUUCCCUUGUUCGGACACUUUCAGUAACUUCACUUAUUGGAGAGAGCCCUUACCCCCUUUUGAAAAUCAGGAUAUCCAUUCAGCCUCUGCUAACAUGUAUUGACAGCCUUGUGACAUCGACGCAAAGGACUGGCUAACCCCCGAUUAAAGGAUAGGCUUUGUCAAGAGUUCAUUUGGAACUUGGGGCACUGUAUUCAUUUGCUUAAAAAAAAUUAGAAAUAUUUUAUUCCUUCUCCACCCUCCCAACUCCUCCAACUUUGCCUUGAAACAACAUUUCUAAGUAACUUAUGAAAGGUCUGUUUUAAGAGUUGGGGGAUUGUUGCUUCAUUCACCGUGUAGAAAGGAUUCCUUGUUGGUUGGCCCCGGCCUGGGACAAGGGCACAAUGUAAUAGCCUGCCAUGGCCAGUAUUGAUCUUUGUACCAUGCAGGCUCACAAAACCAAAGUGUGACUUGCUGGAAGGUUUGUUGCUGUUUUUUGUUUUUGUUUGGAUGCAGACCCUUGAUAUUAUUCAGCAAAGUCAAAAGUGCACAGUGCCUGUGAAAAGUGGGCAAAACAUUUCAGAGCAGCAUGGAUUCCAUGCGACUUAUUUCUGAGCCAAAAGAGAUCUUACCACUUUGGAAGAGUGGUGCCAGAGGGAAGAGACCUCUUCUAAGGGAGUCUUACCCUGACUGCUUGGAAAGGGCAUUUGCUUCAGGAAGUUCUCUGUUGUAUUUUUGUUUUCUCUGGGGCUGAAUUUUGAUUGUCUUUUCACAUGGUUCUAAUCUCUGGGUGUCAGUGAAAAGUUCUUUAUGCUUGUAUUCUGUGAAAGAUACCUUGAUUCCUAUGUAUCUACAAUGCUAAGCUGUACUUGGCAUAUUUAUUUUUUUCCCCCUGCCCCCAUGCUCCACCUUCGCUGGAAACCACCCACUUUUGGGAAGUUUCCAUCCUAGUGCGGUGGAGCCCAGGCUCUUUUUGGAAUGUGUCUGUAGUGGGUGCCCAUGCCCUCCGAAUGUCAUGAGACACAUAUCUGCCUUGGGGGCUGUGGUUCUCAGGCCAUUGUCAUGGCUCAUUUUACAUGUAAUUGCCAUGUGCAAUACUCCCCUUGUUACCAUCAUUUUGUUCAGCACAUAGGGUAACCGAGACUCUUGGGAAAAGGGCCGGUGCCAACAACGUGGCCUUGAACUGAACAGAUGCCAAAAGGUGAUGUUCAUUUUCUCGACACUGUUAAAGGAAACCUGCUUUGUUGGAAAUCGUUGGAAAAGAACAUUAAACUGGGUUCUUCGUAGGUGUGCUUGAUGGCGUCUCCUACUCAUUGUAUUCAUGUGUAAACAUGCUGGCUUGAUUCUUUCUGUAGUCGGUUGGAUGGUGAGCAUCCUGAACUCAUCAGUAAUAAUAAUCUUUUUUUAAAAAAAGAAAUAGCCACUCAGCCAUUGUCCAGUUCUCCAUCCAAAGAGCCAUAGCCUCUAGAAUUUCACAGCAACACACCUUGUCUUAAACCCUUCCCCUCCUCCUCAAUUAGGGGCCCCAUGGAUGAAUCCUUGGUUAAAAUCAGAUCCCAUUUCAGAUCUGGGUUUCUUUGAUCAUGGUGGGGAGGUGGCUAUUCCUGCUCAACACCUGGAUUCAUCCAGUUGGCUCACAGGGAAGAGAUUUUGGGAAGUGGAAGCCUGUCUUGGUGAUGAGACAGCUUCCUAUUUUUGAGGACAUAUUUUUUCAAAGAGAGUUUUACUUGGAUAGCUGGGAAUGCUUUCCUACUUCAAUUGCACUAUUAGAGAGAAACCUGGGGAUGGUUUAAUGAAGUCUUUAUUCUUUCUGUGAAAGAAAGUCCAUAGAUACUCCUUCACUCUGGUGAUUUCUCUCCCAGAAAGAGCCCUUUCUCUACCGUGAGUGGUUUGUAUAGACACCCAGGUCCAUACGAACAUCAAGGUGUCUGCAUUUGUUAUAUUUACCAAAUGCACAAACACUUCAACCCCUGAAUGCCUGGUUCUCCAUUAGCCCUCGUUGGGCUUCUAAGACCUUUGGAAGGGCGCCCAGGCUUCUGGACCCUGGGGUGGGGGGGAGAAGUUUCAAGGGCAGGUAAUGACCUGUCCAACCUUGGGGGCAAGAAGAGUUCAUCCCAGCUCCUUCAGGCCUUACCCCCAAGAGUCAGGGUUCAACCUGUAUCACCCCCCUCCCUCCCACCAUUUAGAGUGGCAUUCAAGGGCAUGGUACUUUGCGCAGUCCACGUGUAUGUGGCAUAUUGCCCUUGCCAACUAGGGAGGCUGUCUCUGUGAUUAAUAUGGGAGGUUUUUUGUGUUUAAGGUAAGGACUUGGGCACUUAGGAAAAUAAUUAUAAUGAUCGAUAAUGCUCGAGUUAUAUCGCUACUUUAGAAAAUGAGAACGUGUAUAUUCUAUACAUAUGUGUUACCAUAUGUAACAAGUCUGUUAUACACAUUGUAUAACAUAGGCUCUUGUGUAUACAUGCAUAUGCACACAUGUAGAUGUGAAUGGUAAAUGCAUGCAUGUCAUAUGGUGGGCCCAUACAUGUCACACAUCCACACACAUCUGUACACAUACAUACAUACAUACAUGUAUGUGUAUAUAGCCCACAUGUGAAUGUAUGUUUCAGUGUAUGUCCAUGCCUGUCAGUAGGUAAAAUGGUGGUGACUCUGACAGUAUCCUGCCAUGGUGGAUUUGAAGGAGUAUUUCCACAUCACCCCAAGGAACGUGGUUUUCUGAUCUGAAAUACAAAGUCAAGAAAACAAUCAUUGACGAUGAGGAAGAAUACAGCACUCACUAUGUUAACAAUACCCGUUCCGUUGGCGUGAAGUGAUUCCAUCUUCCAGAGAGAUGCGUCUUCCCCUCUGGGGCCCCGGCGCCCCAUGCCCAGAUCUAUGUAUGUCCAAUAUUUGCACUGUGUGUCUGCGGUGGUGCGGCAAUAAACCAAAUCAUUGUCAUACUUUGUUUUGUUGUGCUGGAUGCAAAUUCAGAAAACUUAUUUACAAUAAAUAAGACUGAUGGAGGAA